UUGCAAUUCAUCUCUGCCACAAUGCCUACUCCCGGCGUACUCAUGCGUCUCUCCGACGCCUCCACUAUACAGACACCACUGACCGGCGUCGACAUUGAAGCCAUCUACACACUCAAAGCAGACGACGACAAGCACCCAUCAGGCAACACUCUCUACUUCCUGCGCGACAUCACCCCUCUUCUCUCUUCAGCCGACCUGCACAACGCAGACAUCGAGGCCCAUCGCGCAAUUACCGCCCCUCCCCCCUCCUGGAUCCUCUGCUCGUUCAUCAACGGCCGCGACGCAGGAGACAGCGAACCACAGCAAUCUCAGCACGUCCUUCCCACCCCUCCACCCCUCGGAUCCAUCCUCGUCAUCAACGGCUCCACGCCCCGUCCGGAGAAGGAGGACGACUAUCACGCCUGGUACGACCAAGAGCACGGUGCAAAGCUAACCCAUGUCCCGGGUUGGCGUGCUGCGCGGCGGUACGCGCUUGCCAGAGUCUACGGUGAGGCCGAGACGGCCAGCUUCUACGGAUUCAACUUUUAUGAUGCGCAGAAUGGCCUUGGUGGGCCUGAGUGGCAGGCUGGGGUGACGGAGUGGACGCUGAGGAUUAGGAGUAAUGCGGCGAAGCCCAAUAUCCGGCGGGUGUGGAGGGUGGUGCAGACGUGAAUCUGUAUCUGCAUCUGAAA